UCACAUAAACAAGAAGAUCCCACCUUACCAAAACAGAACAAAGAGUCUCUUGCUACUACAGCACAAGAAGCCAUGGCUUUCAGAUCAACAGGUCUUUGGAAACGCUCGCUGAAUCCUCUCAUAGGCGGCAAAAACAACACCAACACAAACACCUUCGCCACAUCAACUCUGCCCAAGACCAAACCAUACUCCCCAGCGGCGGACCAUCAUCAAUUCGCGAGGAAGUCGUCGUCGUCGUGGUGGCCGCCGAGGGGAGAGUACGCGCCGGUGUACGUGGCGCUGGGGUUCAUCGUGCUGUCGGCGUCGAUGGGGCUGCACACGGUGGCGCACCAGAUGUUGUACAGCCCGUCGGUGCGGGUGAAGAAGAGGCUGAGGGAGACUUUGCCGGAGGUGGUGGAGCCGGAGAAGGUGGUGGACGAGUCGACCAGGUUUUUGGGCCACUCGUGGUUCAGGAAAGUGGCCCAUGUCCAGGAGUUCAAGAGCGGGAUUCAGACCUUGCCUCGCCCUACUGCUGAGACCGGCGAUGUUUAUGCCCGCCCGCGCGCGCGCGCUGAGACACUCGAGUCCGUCGGAGUCGAUCCACGGCGGGCCUGAAUUUUUUUUUUGCUCCGACGGAAACUUGGAUCAAAUUAGGAGUUCUAAUGUUGUAUGUUGUUUGUUUCCCUAAGACGCUCUACUCUGUAAAUCUACUUCUGGAGCUGAAUGUAAUUUCCAAUUUAAAGCCUGCACGCUCCGGUGACGGCGGCAGCCAGCCUUCUCACCACUAUCGCCAUUUUAAUUCCCAAACCGUACCAUAUCAGCGGUGGAACCGCCAUUGGCAAAAUUAUCCGUAAUCGUGGAUAUCCGCCCGAACCCGGCCUGAUCGGGUAGGGUAACCCGAACCCGAAGGACAUUUAGUGGGUACGGGUAAAACCCGAACCCGAAUAUUGCGGGUAAUGGGUGGGCAUGGGUUUCUCAGUAUCCAACCCGAACCCGUCCGAUUAUACACAUACAUAUGUAUUUUGUCUAGAAAUAGUCAUUAUUUUUCUCUAACAUAUUUUAUAUUUAGCAUAUAAAUAUAAUAUUUUCAU